CACAAUUAUUUUGAUCAAAUAACUUAAAUAAAGAGCCAAUAAUUGAGAACGCAACGCAGCCCCGGGGAAAAUGCUGAUUCACACUUCAGAACAGAAGGUGGCGGUAAUGCACCAAUAAGCUGGAUGCCAACCGCCGUUAAAACUAAAGAAGAAGAAGAAAACCUCGCUCUAACAGCACCACAACACAAACACAGGGGAAUAUGGGGAAAUGUAAAUAUAACGAAGCGUGGAUGGAUAAAAUUUCUUUCCGUCAUUGGUUAAAACCUGUGGUAGAGAACGUUUUUGAGGCUUACUGCACCGUGUGCAAGAAGAGGAUUCAACUCGGAACAAUGGGAGUGAAGGCGUUAGACUCUCAUGCCAAAUCGACCAAGCACAUGAAGUAUGUCCGAGGAAAGGAACAAACUCCUUCCAUCACCGCCGGGUUCCCACCAGCUAGCCACCUAGCUGCUAGUGCUCUUGCAGCCCCUCCUGCUACGACCACAGCUAACGUUAACGUUAGAGUCGAUCUACGCACGUCUUUCGGGUCCACGCCAACGCUGAAAGCAGAGGUGCUGUGGACUCUUCACACCAUCGCCAAACACCAGUCCUACAAUGGAAACGAGGGUAUUUCAGAGCUUUUCAAGUGCAUGUUCCCCGACUCCGACAUCGCCAGCACCUUUACUUGUGGUGCCGACAAAACGGCUUACAUAGCCAAGUUUGGGUUAGCCAUUCACAUCAAAGAUGAACAAAUCGCCGUUUGUUCUGAUGUUUGAUGAGAGCCUCAAUGAGAUUACGAAAACCAAGCAGCUGGAUGUGCACGUCCGCUUCUGGGAUGAGGGACAGGUUCAUUCAAGAUAUCUGGGCUCCCAGUUUAUGGGACACUCCACUGCACAGGACUUGCUGUCCCACCUCAAAGAAUGCAUGGACAAACUGGACCUCAGGGGCUUGGUGUCCCUCUCAUUGGAUGGGCCCAGUGUGAACUGGAAACUGUUCGAUCUUUUCCAGAAAGAACAAGCUAAACAGUACGGAGAUGAGGAGUUUAUAAUGCUAUUACUAAACGUGUGUGAGUGAGUGUGUUUAUGUGAUCCACUGUUGUAUUAAUUUGGUUUCUAAUAUCAAGUUUUGCAAUGAAACCCUCAGGUGUUCAGCUUGUUUGUGUGGGGAGCUGUGGCCUGCACACGCUACACAACACGUUCAAGUGUGGGUUCACUGCAUGGCAGCUGGACAAGUUGCUUAGAGCAAUGCACACAUUGUUCCACAAUGUGCCCGCCAGGAGAGAGGAUUACAUCACAGUAACAAAGUCCAGUGUGUUCCCCCUGUCCUUCUGUGCCCAUCGUUGGGUGGAAAACCUACCUGUUGUCGAGAGAGCCCUUGUAGUCUGGCCAUCACUGCUCCUGUACAUGGAGGCUGUGAAAACGAAGAAACUCCCGAACCCUGGAACCGCAUCCUAUGACACCGUUGAAGCAGCCAUGAAGGAUCCUCUCAUAUUGGCGAAACUGCAGUUCUACACGGCACUAGACAGGACCGUCACUCCUUUCCUGAAAAAAUAUCAAACGGAUGAGCCUGUGCUGCCAUUCCUCUCCAAGGACCUGACCGAGUUGAUGAUGAGUCUACUCAGACGCUUCAUCAAGAGAGAAGUCCUCCACGACAUCACUGCCCUGCAGCUGACCAAACUGGAUGUCACAGACAAGACCAUCUGGCUCAGCCCACAAGACAUCAGCAUUGGUCUAAGUGCCGAGUCAGUCCUUAAGGGGAUGUCAUUCUCCAACAGUUUGACAGUCUCCUGUCCUUGGAGAGCCGAAGUGAGGACUUCCUCUCCUUUCCUCCCAUGCAGAAGAGGCUGGACCUCUUCCUGAGCAGUGUCCUCAGGGAGCCCUAUCCCGAACUGUGGGCCUUCUGCAAGAAGCUACUCAUCCUCUCCCACGGCCAAGCUACGGUUGAGAGAGGAUUCUCUAUCAACAAAGAGGUGGAGUUCGACAACAUACAAGAGGACACUGUGGUCACAUGGAGGCUGGUGUGUGAUUACAUCAUGCAACAUGGAGGUGUUACCCAGGUUCCACUCACUAAAGAGCUACUGGCAAGUGUAGCAGCAGCCAGGGCCAGAUAUCGGGUCCAUCUCGACACAGAGAGAAAGAAGAGGGAGGCAGAAGCCCAGGCUCUUAAGAGGAAGGGAGCGGAGGACCAACUUCAGGAGCUAAGGGGGAAAAGGAGACGCCUACAAGAGGUAUCUGAGGGUCUGGCCAGGGAUGUGGACAGGCUGGCAGAGGAGGCUGAGGGGAAGGCAGGGAGUAAGAUGGCUGACCUAAUCACAAGGUCCAACCUCCUGAGGAGAGGCCAUAAGGAGAAGUUGGCGGAACUGGCUGUCCUUGACAAAGAGAUUACUGCCAAGAGUGCAGAGCUUAGGAGUUGACUUUGUUUCUGAUGUUCAUUGUUUAUUUUGUUAAUAGCUGGUUGGGGAAGAGUCUCCCCUGUUCUAUUCUGCAAUGAGGUGACACCCCCUCAUCUUUACACAACCACAGAUUUUUUAAUUUAUUUUUUAUUUUUAUUUAACCUGUACAGGAGUGCUGUGGACUGCUAUUUUGAUGAAUAA